CCGCGCCAUGCUACCAAAAAAAAAAAAAAAAAAACCGAAUCGCUGCAUUUUAAUUUCCACACCCCGAAAGGUGCCCGGACAUCACUCGAAAACCAUAAGCCGCGCACGCACGCGGCACGCCUAUUUCAAGCUGGAUUCUCCGCUCGGCUCUUGAACAAGGCUGUUCCGAAAGCAGACGACGAGACAUGCUGACGACGCUGCACGCCAGGCCGCCGGUGGCGAGCGCCGUGGACGCCGGCGGCGAGGACCACUGCGAGAGCUGCGCCUUCUACUGCUUCGUGGCGUCCUGCGUCUCGCUGCUGCUCUUCAUCGUGCUGGCCGCCGCGGUCAGCGUCUCAAGGGCCUGCGCCAUCGCCGGCGCCGUCGUGCUCCUGCUCGGGCUCGUCGGCUGGCUCGCGCCCACGGGGAACGACGGAGCCGCCGGUGGCGGUGCGGCGCAGCAGCAGCAGCACGAGCGCCAGGCUGCCGUGCGCCACCAGUGCGUGUGCGGCGGCCUAGCGGACGCCGCGAUCGCCGCGCUCAUGCCGACGUUCGCGUACGAGCCGCCCGCGGCGGCGGCGGCGGAGAAGGGCGGCGACGACGGCAAGCCGCGCGGCAGUACUUCCGUGCUGUGCGCGGUGUGCCUGGAGGACGUGCGGGCGGGCGAGAUGGUGCGGCAGCUGCCGGCGUGCCGCCACCUGUUCCACGUCGACUGCGUCGACGCCUGGCUCCGCGCUCACCGGACGUGCCCGCUGUGCCGCUGCCACCUCUCCCCCGGGAACGUCCACGCUAAGGCGCCGGCAGCCGUCGCGGAGUCAUCGGUGGAUGCGUUGCCGCCGGUGUGAGCGUCGUCACUCGCCGGUCAUCGAUCGGUUCAUCGAAAGUUCGCCGGUGCAUUCGUAAAUUGUAUUGUAUUUGUACUGGACCACACUGUACAUUUCUAACACCAGGUAGAACAUAUUUCAAGACUAGAUUGACGAUAGUUCACUGAUAUUGGGGAUACUGCACUGCACUUAUAUAUGUGUACAUUUUGUUAAUUAUAAGUAGAGGUUAAUGAGACAUGUCCGAAACAAACUCGGUUUGGUU